AUGAUGCUUCGACGUGAUAAAAAGGAUGAAGAAGAUGGAGGUGGCAAUCCAUACCAAAAUCUGGACAGGAGCGUGGUCCUCCAGGAGGCUCGCGUGUUCAAUGCUACUCCUAUAAAUCCCAGGAAAUGCUGUCAUAUUUUGACAAAGAUCAUGUACAUCAUAAACCAGGGCGAGUCUAUUGGGACUACUGAAGCUACAGAGACUUUCUUUGCCAUGACAAAGCUCUUUCAGUCAAAUGAUGUCAUGCUCCGUCGUAUGGUAUACUUGAUGAUUAAAGAGAUGGCAAACCUUGCUGAGGAUGUGAUCAUCGUGACGAGUAGUUUGACCAAGGAUAUGACAGGCAAGGAAGAUCUCUACAGGGCUGCUGCUAUACGUUCCCUCUGCAAGAUUACAGAUAGUUCAAUGUUGCAAGGUAUAGAGCGUUACAUGAAGCAGGCCAUUGUGGAUAAGGUUUCUGGUGUAUCUUCUGCAGCUCUCUGCUCUUCCUUGCACUUGCUGAAGCAGAGCCCCGAGGUGGUCAAGAGAUGGGUGAACGAGGUCCAGGAAGCUGCGUCCAAUGACAACGUCAUGGUCCAGUACCAUGCCCUGGGCUUACUCUACCACAUCCGCAAGCAGGAUCGACUGGCUGCAUCCAAGAUGGUCAGCAAGUACACCAGGGGUGGACUCAAGUCCCCCUAUGCCACCUGUUUGCUGAUUCGCAUUGCUGCCAAGCUGAUUGCAGAUGAGGAUGCUGGUCAUGACAGCCCCUUGUUUGAUUUCAUUGAGAAUUGCUUGAGACACAAGAGUGAGAUGGUGAUCUACGAAGCUGCCAGUGCCAUUGUCAACAUGAAGAACACUACAUCCCGUGAGCUGAACCCAGCUGUGUCUGUUCUUCAGCUGUUCCUGAGUUCUCCCAAACCAACGCUUCGCUUUGCUGCCACCAAGACCCUUAACAAGGUUGCGAUGACACACCCCGCCGCCGUCACCGCCUGCAACCUGGACCUGGAGAACCUCAUCACUGACGUGAACCGCAGCAUUGCCACCCUGGCCAUCACCACCUUGCUGAAGACUGGCAGUGAGAGCAGUGUGGACAGGCUGAUGAAGCAGAUCGGUACCUUCAUGAGUGAGAUCUCUGACGAGUUUAAGGUGGUGGUGGUGUCGGCCGUCAGGUCGCUCUGCUCCAAGUUCCCUCGCAAGCACUCCGUCAUGAUGAGCUUCCUCUCCAACAUGCUCCGAGAUGAGGGUGGAUUUGAGUACAAGCGAGCCAUCGUUGACAGUCUGAUCGCCAUCAUAGAGGAGAACCCGGAGAGCAAGGAGACGGGACUGUCCCACCUGUGUGAGUUCAUCGAGGACUGUGAACACACCUCUUUAGCUACACGUAUCCUGCAUCUGAUUGGGCGUGAGGGCCCACGCUCGCCCAACCCUGCUAAGUAUAUCCGAUUCAUCUACAACAGGGUCAUCCUGGAGAAUGCUGCCAUCAGGGCUGCUGCUGUGAGUUCCCUGGCCAAGUUUGGAGCCCACUGUGAGGAGUUGCUACCCAGUAUUGUGGUCCUGCUUGAAAGAUCUCUGCUGGACUCAGAUGACGAGGUUCGUGACAGAGCCACGUUCUACCUGAGUGUCUUGAAACACAGCCAGAAAGCUCUCAACUCUGCCUACAUCCUGAAUGGUCUGAGCGUUUCCAUCGCUGGACUGGAGAGGGCUCUUCACCACUACACCCUAUCUCCGUCUGAGACUCCAUUUGACAUGAAGACUGUGCCCAUCGAGACACAGCCAUUGACAGAGCAGAAACCAGUCUCUGACAUUGCUCCUCUUAUGGCGACAAAACCAGAGAAACUGGCUCCUCCUACUCAAGAUAUUUAUGCUGAUCAACUGAGAGCUAUUCCCGAAAUUGCUGACUUGGGGGCGCUGUUCAAGUCGUCAGUGAAGCCGUCUGAGCUCACAGAGUCAGAGACGGAGUACAUGGUCAGGUGCAUCAAACAUACAUUCCCAGAGCACAUUGUUUUCCAGUUUGACUGCACCAACACGCUUAACGACCAGCAGCUGGAGAAUGUAACAGUACAGAUGGAGUCGGCUGAAGGCUUUGAAGUCCAGCAUUACAUUCCCGCUCCUGUCCUCAAGUAUAACCAGCCAGGCAUAACAUACACCGUGGUACAGAUGCCAGAAGACACUUCUGAUGUAUCCAGUGCAUUUAGCAACACACUGAAGUUCACCGUGAAGGACUGUGAUCCAAAUACAGGAGAGCCUGAUGACGAUGGAUAUGAAGAUGAAUAUGUGUUGGAGGAUAUAGAGAUAGCCCUUUCAGAUCACAUGCAGCGAGUACUAAAACCCAACUUCAUGGCCUCGUGGGAAGAAGUAGGAGACGAGAAUGAGACAGAGGAGACCUAUGGCCUGGCAUCCAAGAGUCUUGAAGAGGCCAUAAAGGACAUUGUGUCCUUCCUGGGCAUGCAGCCUUGUGAGCGAUCAGACAAGGUGAGUGAAGGCAAGAGCUCUCAUACCCUCUACCUUGCUGGUGUGUUCCGCGGCGGCCAUGACACCCUCGUCCGGGCACGCCUUGCCCUCCAGGAUACCAUCACCAUGCACAUCACGGUGAGGAGCAGUGACUCGGGGGUCAGUGAACUCAUCGCAUCAUCAGUAGGUUAAUAUUUAUUUCGUCGUGGUCGAGAAGUUUGCGUUGUGGGUAGAAUAGAAUCUUAUGAUUUUAAGUCAACGAUGAUAUUCAUACAAGAGAUAUAUGUAAAAUGGUAAUAUAGUGUACUUGAAAUUCAAUACUGAUUUGGCCUUGGCCAAUAUUUUUUGUGUACGACAUGGACACAAAGGUUUUUUUAAAGUUUUUUUUUUAUCAUUAACACCUUCCUACUUACAGUACAUGUUUGCAUUUUCAUUGCUGGCUCAUUCUAGCGUGUAGCUUAAUUUGUGACCUUACAAUUACUGAAAAUAUUCUAAAAAACUCACAAAAUUAAUGGCCAACACAGUUCCCAUUUGAUUGUAAAAUGCUUGUUGUGUGAUCACAGUCGCUCUGCAGAAACAAGAUGCUGUUCUUCUGUUGCAACAUAGAUCGAGGACUUGUUAGGAACUCUCUUAAGUGUAAAGUUCUUUCACCAAACUUCCUUACUCUUUAUAAAUUCUGUUUGUGAAUUAUAUGAAAGUUCAGAUGGUAUUAAUGGCUUAGAUAUGACCCUAUGGAUCUGUGGCCCCAGCAGAAACUUGGGAAUUAUGUUGUUUGUUGUUUUGUUAUUGAGUCAAUUCUUGGUCAACAUACAAAUAUAUAUUGACAUUUCAAAUAGCAAGCAGAUAUUCAUUAUUGGUUUUCUAUUUCUGUGAUAUAUACUCUAUAUUUAUGUUGAAUAUAAAGGUGAUAUAAGAUAAAAACAAUUAUCUUAUUGCAAACAGUGCAUGUACAUGAGUGCAUGACAUGUCUGUUUAUCCCUUUAUUUCAUUUCGAAAAGAAUGACAUAAAAAUCUGCAGUUUAAAUGUGACAGAUUAGAAACUUCAACCAAAGGUUUAGACAAAUUAUUUAUAGUGUUUCUUUAACUCAAUUCCUAAGAAAAGCAAAAUUCAAGGUCCUUUAUUUAUUUUAGUCUGUGAAAGUUUCAAGAUUUUCUGAGACUAGGUGAAUUAAAUUUAACAUGUUUAAAUGUUCAUUUCCAAAGCCCCUCCCCCUAAUGAUAAACUUGCCCUUUUCUCUCACUCUCUUCUGUCUUCAUCUUCAUUCUUUGUUGAUCUUUCCCCAUCAGAAAUUAUUCACAUUGGACUUUGGCACAACAAUACAGCUUCUUGUUAUUGUAUUGUUAAGCUACCAAUUUACAAUAUAAAUGAUCAAGCCUGUCUUAUGUAUAAACAAAAGUAUUAUAUGAUUGGAUAGGUGUAAUGAAUUACUAUUGUUGUUGCUUUAUGUAAGCACACAAAUUGUGUACUAUCACAAAUCUUGUUAGUAAUACGGAAUACACAUGUAAUCAUGCUUCAUUAAAGUAUAGUCUAAAAGAAAA